UCUAUAGGAGAGAAAAAUCAUAGAAAAACAUUUUCCGUGUCUUUGUUUAUUUCUCUAGCCCAACGACACGGGGAGAGAGAGAGAGAGUGAGAGAGUGAGAGGCUGUUGAAGAAGAUCUUGUCAGAUCGGACCGCAAAGUAUGAUGAUACGGCGGUUUCUUCCUGUCAAUUGUACUUUGGAGUACCUGUGUUUUCUUUCCCCUUUUCAAUGUUGAGACAAAUUGAAAAGAAAAGGGAAAUCUAAACGGAAAAGGAAAAAAAUGACGAGUAUUCUUUAUAUACACACCCACACACACAACUAAAACUUGAGUUGUCUAUUGAACUGAUCCUUCAUGUACUUGUGAAUUUUUGCGGUUUCUCGGCAGGUAUGGAGUUAACAGCCAUUGUAAUGGGAAGGGAACUUACAGAUCUACACAUGGAAAAGAAGCCAAAUGGUGUCGUGGUGGCUUCAAAUGGAGUUUCUCAUGAUAAAGUUCUUUUUACACCAGAAAUUUCAGAAGAUAGUGUUGAAGCAAAGGACUAUGAGGUGAAGGAAUGUACUGAAGAAAACUCAGUUGCUGACCAAUACCAUGACAACCAAGAAGUGUUAGGUGUUAAAAGAACAAAUCUUGAUCCCGGUGUGCGUGAGGGGAAAUCUGAGAGACCUGGGGCUCCUAAACCCAGUGACAAUAUGAAGUUGAGCCCGCAUGCAUCAAGAUCCGCUUCUGUAGGGAACGGGCGUAUCUACACUAUUCCACAGCCAUUUUCUCUGGCAACUGACAAGCGUGGUGUAUGCACACAUACUGUUGGGUCUGAAAAUCCUGUUAAUGGUGUGACCUAUUCACCGAAAGCUAACAAUGCGCAUUUCCCUCAAUCUACAAAGAAUUCACAGCCAAACUCACCUCUGUCACUAAGGAAGCCCUUGCAAUCUUAUACCAGCAAGCAUCAUGAUGAAGAAGAUAGUUGUUCUGUCGCUUCCUCUACUGCUGCAUCUGUGCGAACAAUUAAAUCUAGGGUAACUAUUGGAGCAGCUCCAUCAUUUAGAAGUGCUGAACGUGCAGAGAAACGAAGGGAGUUUUACUCAAAGUUAGAGGUGAAACACCAAGCUAUGGAGGCAGAGAGAAGUGCGUAUGUGGCAAGGACCAUGGAAGAGCAAGAAGCAGCCAUCAAGCAACUUAGAAAGGGCCUGGUGAUCAAGGCAAACCCAGUACCUAGUUUCUACUAUGAAGGCCCUCCACGGAAGGUUGAGCUCAAGAAGUUACCAUUGACACGGCCUAAAUCACCGAAACUAACACGGAGAAGGAGCUAUGGUGAUGCAACAAACUCAACAGAUGAAAAGGGAGGAAUUUGCAGCCGAGCACACCGCCACAGCCUUGGUAAUCAUAAUGAGCAGCCUGCUACACAGAGCACUCCCAAAGGUAAAUCCCGCCAUAGCCUUGGUGGUCACGAGGAGCUUGCUACCCUGAACACUUCCCUAAGUGAUGGUCAGAUCAGUGGAACUAAUACAAAUGGAAUCUCUUGCAAAGUCAAACACCGUCCUGGGCAGGAAAAGGAGACAACAAAAACAGUUCUUCCUAAAAUCAAGGAGCAGACGAAUGCAGACAUUGCCGUUUGUUAAUGUACUUUGAGUCCUUCCUUUUUGUCUAAUUUCUAAGCGGGGGGAGAAAUUCUUCAUUUUUCUUUGUUAGGUUAUGGUUGUACUGAAGAGAAACUGCCUGUUUUCUUUCCAUCAUGAGGAAUGACUUGUGUUUAAGUGGAUUGCAUUUAUGUGAAAUUGUAUAUGCUUUGUUAACUUUA